AUGGAGAAUUGGCAAGACCAGCACGAUGCCUUGAAGGGCGAGGUAGCACAAUUGACUGAAAAAUUGGACAAGGCUCUUGAGUUGUUGUUUAAUCUGAACAAAGCAGCACAACCAGUUGUGGUUGAAACUGCGAUUCCCGCACCCCAAGGAGGAACUUCAGCAGUGAACACAGUUUGGCCAACUUUUGGUUUACCCGUUGGGUAUACUCCAUCGGGUUACGUACCUACAUCAACUGAAGUCCAGCCUGGUCCUCAGAAUGUCCAAGUGCCAGUAAAUCAAGUUGAGGUUCCAAAUGGACAUACUAGAGUACCUUCGAUUCAGCAAGGGUUUCUCUUGUCAAAAGAAAGUUUGGAGGAUCCCAGAAAUACUUAUCAUGGUAUAGAGAUGCCAUAUGAUGGAACUGGAGUCAAUUUUGUUGUACCCCAGAUGGAGGAAGCUCAACAAAAAUUCAAGGCUAUUGAAGACCGUUUGAACAUUAUGGAAGGAGGAGGUGAUCCCCUAGACCUUGCCAAUAUGUGCCUAGUUCCAGACUUGUUGCUCCCACCAAAGAUUAAGGUCCCUGAUUUUGAGAAGUAUAAAGGUCUUAGCUGUCCAAAGAAUCAUCUGAUUAUGUACAGCCGAAAGAUGGCUUCUUUCGCCAAUGAUGACAAGCUUAUGAUGCAUUGCUUCCAAGACAGCCUUACCGGGGCAUCACUUAACUGGUACAUGUAG